AUGACUCCCAAACGUGCACGACAACAACGACAAUUCACGCGAGUUCUUACAGCCACCAAACGUAAUGGCUACCGUGAUCGACAUCAUGAGGAAGAAUGUUUAAAACUGUUUGAGUCAUGUAAAAAAGGUGACUUAUCAGUCUUGUCGCAACUUCUUAAACCUGGAAUAGUAAAUCAACCUGAUUUGAACAAUCGUCACUCAUCGCCGCUGCAUUAUGCAGCCGGUUUCGGGAAAAUAGAUUGUGUUCGAGCAUUGCUUGCGGCUGGUGCAAAUGUAAGCCAAGCAGAUGAUAAUGGUUUGGUUCCACUACAUAAUGCUUCCUCAUUUGGUCACGUUGAUGUGGUGAAAAUUUUGUUGGAAAACGGUGCUGAUACAAACG